AUGGCGUCUAGCACUAAACUGAGGUCUAAGGGAAACUUAAAAGAGGAAAAAGCUAUAGAAUUAGCGGCAAAAAUAGAUGAGACAGACGAAAUGAAACUAAAAAUGUUAGCUGGGCUUGAAAAACCAGAUCCAGAUGAUGUUUUGUAUCCACCAGAGUUAAAUGCACAUUUGAUUGAACAGCUUAAGAUUAUGACUGGUGAGAAUAAUGAAUUACGCAAACUUGUAUUUUCUAAAGAUGAAGAAAUUAAGGAAUUAGGUAAAACAAUAUCUGAUCUAAAGCAACGAAUACGUGACAUUAUUUCCGGUACUGGACCUGCAAUAUCAUCAAAAUCUGCAGGAAUAAUAAGCGCCAAAAUUACCGAAUUAUGUAAACAAAAUCGUCAUUUAGUAGCUGAAGUAGAAAGUUAUAAGACAAAAAACUCUUGCUUAGAAAGAAAGAUUAUGCGGCUCGAUCUUAUAAAUAAGGAAAAUGAAAAACUUGAAGCUUGUUUGGGCAAGGAAGAACCAAUUGAUGCUAAUUCGGAUGAACUUAAAGAACUGAAUAAUAAGCUCGUGUUAGUAAACAAAAGACUCUAUGAAAGUAAAAAUAGAAACUUAGAAUUAAAAAACGAUAUAUUGGUAGCGACAAAAAUUUUGCAACAAGAGCUUGGAGAUAAAUUUACCAGCAUAAAAGAAUUACAAAACGAUUUGGCUGGAUGGAAAGGAAGAGCUCAACAAAUUGUAUUGUUACAAGCAAAAAUAAAUGAGUUAGAAGAGAAAUUAAGUGGUAAACAAAAAGAAGUAAUGGACACGAAAAGGAAAGAUCAAAGUCAGAUUUUACGUGAUUUAGAAAUGAAGAGAAAAAAAGAAACUGAUCAAGCCAUGAAAGAUUUAGAAUAUUUAAAAGAAGAGAACCAGGAACUAAAGAAAAAAAUAGAUGGAGCAAGGUGUAGAAUUCGAAAUUUGGAAUGUGAUUCAACAACAAACAGACAGAAAAUGCAAACGUAUGUUGAGAAAAGUAAUCAUGACGAUCUUCUUAUUAAUGAACAGAGAAUUCAAAUUAAAAAUUUAGAAAUAUAUUAUCAAGACAUUCUUAAAGAAAAUACAUCAAAAAUGAAUAAAAUGAACAGUGAAAUAGCUGACUAUCAGAAACUUAUUAGAAACACUAAUGCCAAAAUUGAUGCAUUACGUCAACAAGCCUCGGAAAAAGCGACAAAAAUUGAAGAAUUAAGAGCACAACUUCAAAGAUACGAAGAAUGUUCUUUACAAAGCGUUUUCUUUACUCCGAUGAAAACGGCAACCGACAAUGAAAUUAAAAAAUUGACCGAAUUAGUAAUAACUUUGAACUCAAGAUUAGAUUCUGAACGUCAUAAGUGGGAAGAACUAGAUUCAGCGCACAGAAAAAUUAAAGAGAAAAAGAAGAGAUUAGAGAGAAAAGUAACUUUAUUAGAAGAUGAGUUAAGAAUGUUAAAAGAUGCCUCUAGAAAGGGAUCCAAAACAUCAAAAACUGCAUUAAACAAAGAACAACAGUAUGACGCUUCAUUUGGGAUAGCAAUUCUUCAAAAAAAACAAUCUUCCAUAGCUACUUUAAUUGAAAAACCUAGUGAUUCCACUUCUUCAGAAGGUCCACCUAUAUAUGAUGCGUUAGAAAAGGACGAGUUAAAAUAUAAGUUAGAAUUAGCAGAAGAAAAAUUAAAAAUAAUGGAAGACCGCCAAAAAAUGAUUGAGGAAGAAAAACAAGAUGACUAUUAUAACUUAACAGAGAUGAUACAGACAUCCAAGCAACUUUUUAACGAAGCCCUAGCUGUUCUAAAACAUAACAAGUGCCAAUGUUCU